AUGAACAUGGAAGAUCAGUUUCAUAAAAUGGAAACUAGCUUCAUGCACGAGAAGCUCGUGUCUUCUGGAUUCUACGGGAUCUUGAGUUCUUCGACGCCACCGCAACUUCUUGGUGUUCCAAUAAUCUUGGAAGGUAUGAAAUCGUCUCUUCCUCCUUCGUCCCAAAGCUACUUUGCGUCUCCUCAUGAGCUCACUUCUUCUAUUCAACAAUCUCCGGUAGCUUCUGUUCCUUGGAACUUUUUACAAUCUUUUCCUCAAUCUCAACGUCCUGAUCAUCAUCAUCCUUCUAAAACCCCAAACCUUACCUUAUUCCUUAAAGAACCAAAGCUUCUAGAAACUUCCCAAUCCAACAGUAACAUGAUCCCUUACCAUAACUAUAUCCCAAACUCCCUCCACCAAUCAAAUCAAAACAUAAACGAUUGGGUAGAGAUCAAUAAAACCCUAACCAACUAUCCUUCAAAAGGGUUUGGAAACUAUUGGCUAAGCACCACCAAGACUCAGCCUAUGAAGCUUGCGGCAGGGACAAAAACAAGAAAAGUUGUUCAGACGACGACACCGACGAAGCUGUAUAGAGGAGUGAGACAAAGACACUGGGGCAAAUGGGUCGCAGAGAUUAGGCUUCCAAGGAACAGAACUCGUGUUUGGCUUGGCACUUUUGAAACCGCUGAGCAAGCCGCAAUGGCUUAUGAUACCGCAGCUUACAUCCUACGCGGCGAAUACGCACACCUCAACUUUCCUGACCUUAAACACCAGCUCAAAUCAGGUUCUUUGCGAAGUAUGAUUGCCUCGCUUUUGGAGUCCAAGAUUCAACAAAUCUCUUCCCAAGUAAUAAGUUCGACUAACUCUCCUUCUCCUCCUCCUCCCAAAGUGGUAACAUCGGAGCCCAAGAGAGCAAUGAAGUUUGAAGGGGAGAUGAAGAUAGAGUCUGGAGAAAUAGUGAUGAUGAAGAAACAGAAACUCCAAAAGGAAGUGAUUGAAGGAGAUGGUGUACAAUUGAGUAGAAUGCCUUCUUUGGAUAUGGAUCUAAUUUGGGAUGCUCUCUCACUCCCUCAUUCUUCUUGA